UUUCAAGAAGAGUAUGUUUUACCAAAACAAGCAAAUUAUGCGGUUUCAAUAUGUUUUGUUUGUUAAUAUGGUGGGGUAGCAAGAUUGGAUGAGGUUGAUUAAUUAGGAAAUUAAGGCAUCUCUCUGUGUAUUACUACUUUUGGGGAUGCAUUGUUUCUUCUUUCUUUUGAUUCCUUAGCUCUUAUUCAUUUUUAACCUUCUUUUCCUUUUUUAGACUCAACACUUUAUUCUUAUCUCUUCUCUUGCUCAUUUUCUCAAUAUUUGAAGCAAAUAAAUUUCCUUUUGAAGUUGCUUUUCUUGCUGCAACCAUGGUGAGAGGAAAGACGCAGAUGAAGCGUAUAGAGAACGCAACAAGUAGGCAAGUAACAUUCUCAAAGAGAAGAAAUGGUUUGAUGAAGAAAGCUUUUGAGUUAUCAAUUCUGUGUGAUGCUCAAGUUGCUCUUAUUGUUUUCUCACCAAGAGGAAGACUUUAUGAAUUUGCAAGUUCAAGCAUUUUAGAAACAAUAGAACGAUACCGCAAUCAUACAAGGAUCCAUAAUACUCCAACAACAUCUGAAUCUGCUGAAACUACUCAGCGUUUGAAGGAAGAAGCAGAAAAUAUGAUGAAAAAGAUUGAUCUUCUUGAGACUUCAAAACGAAAAUUCUUAGGCGAAGGUUUGGGGAGUUUUCCUAUUGAUGAACUACAAAGGAUAGAGCAACAGUUGGAGAGGAGUAUAACCAAAAUUCGAGUUAAAAAGGCUGAGGUUUUCAAGGAACAGAUGGAUCAGCUUAAAGAAAAGGAAAAAACCCUAGUUGCUGAAAGUACCAGACUCUCUGAGAAGUAUGAUACUUAUUCAUCACAGCAAGCAAAUAAUGAUGAUAGAGAAAAUGUAGUUGAGGUUGAAGCUUAUGCAGAUCAAAGUAGUCCAAAUUCAUACGUCGAGACUGAAUUAUUCAUUGGUCUUCCAGAAACAAGAACAAGAAGAAUUUCUCCAAACUUGAGGAUUAAUUAAUCCUUUUAACUAUGAAAAAUGAAAAUAAGGGUGUAAGGUAAAGUGUCUCAUUAAUAUUAUAUAUUGGAUAUUUUCCUU